CACAUACGUUUUUUCUCUGAGAAAGAAAAAAUCCCCAAUUCCACUUUUACCAGAUCAGAAGAAUUUGAAUGACGGCGACGGAGUCCAUCCGCGGAGGAGAAAUCGUCGGCGCCGCCGAAGAUGAUUCGUUCGAUCGUUUGCCGGACGAGGUGGUGCUCUCGAUUUUCGAGAAAUUGCAGGACGCUAGGUCACUGUGCUUGUCCAUGGCCGCCUGUAAGCGUUUCCGAUCAAUCGCGCCUCAGGUCGGAGAAAUCUUCCUGCCGGUACCUCAUCAGAAGAAAUCGGCGAUUAAGGAAUCCGAUCUACAAACACCCAGGGGUUUCUUCAGGAAUCUCGUGAUUAAAGCUCUGAUGAAACCCUACAAUUUCAUCUCUCAAAUUGUUAGAUUCAAGUCGAAGAGCGACGACAACAACGACCUAGAUUUCUACUCUUACUACGUGCCAAACGAAAUCCUGAAAUCCUUCGAAGAAAUCCGCGCUCUCCAUCUCCGGCUGCCCUGCCAUGGAAAUCAGAAACACGGUUCGAAGAGGAACGUUAGAAACCCAGCGACUUUCCUGAAAUGGAAGGCUGAAUUCGGGCGAGAGCUCCACAGCUGCGUGAUUCUCGGCGCCAAAUCCUGGACCGAGAAGCCCCUGAAGGAGGAGAAUUCGACCGCGUCCGAUCAGGAGGAGUCGCGGUUCAUGUCGGACGACGAUCUGAAGAUAAGGAUCGUGUGGACGAUAUCAUGUUUGAUAGCCGCCUCCGCCAGGCAUUAUUUGAUACAGGAAACGGUGAAAACUCAGAAAAGCAUCGCAAACGUGGUGGUCUCCGACGAAACCGAUCAGGGCCGGCUCUGUAUGAACAGAGAGCAGAUCGAAGAGACGAGGGAAUUGAAGGCGAAUCGGAGUGGUGAGGUGUCGGAGUACCGGAGCAGAGUGCCGGCGUUGAGGAUGAAGAUGUGGUAUCUGGAGAGGCUGGAGCUCUCCGGCAAGGUGAUGGAGGGUGCGACGCUGGUCGUCAUAAGGCCGGCCGCAUCCGUCGCCGCCGCCGGCGGUGGUGUGGAGGCGGAGAAGGUGAAGAAGGGGAUGAUGAGCGACGGCGAUAUGGUGGCCGGAGCGUUUGCCGGUGAGGAAAGGGAGGGGAAGGUGCUGGAUGAAGCCGUGAGGAAAUUGAUGGUGGCCAAAAAAUGUUAUACGUUGGAAAUGAAUUCAUUUUGAGUUGUGAUAGAAAAUUAAAAAUUACAAAAAAAAAAUCAUUCUUUUUCUUUUUUGUAUUUUUCUUAGGGAUUAGAAGUUGCCAGAAUUGACCAGUUUGGGGUCCAGUUUCAUAUUCUUUGAAGUUGGUGUAGUAGUACAUAAAUAUCUCUUUUCUUUUAGUGUAGUUUACAAAAUUUAAAACACUUGUCAUUGUGGUCGGCACGUUUGUAAAUUUACAGAUUUAUUUUGGUUGUUUGUGAAUACAUCCAAGUUCUAAGAAUGUUUUUUGUAGUUUACCCAA